AUGCCCGGAGACCCAGCUCUAAGCACAGGCGCGACAAACCAGUCGGAUUCUAAUCCUAGUCAGCUUUAUGCAGUUGCUCUGAAACUGCCUGCUUUCUGGCCCGACAGCUGCGAGUCCUGGUUCAUCAACGCUGAGUCCCAGUUCCACCUCAAGAAUAUAUCCAGCAGCAUCACCAAGUUCCAUCAUGUGGUUGCAUCUUUACCACAGAACGAGAUAGACAAUGUUGUGGAUAUAAUAAGGAGCCCGCCUACUGCUGAUCCUUACGGUGUUUUGCGAUCUCGGCUAUUACAGACACAUUCUCUGACUGAUUACGCACGCUGUGAAUCGAUCAUGUCACUUCCUCUGUCUGGAGAUAUGCUUCCUUCAGCUCUCUUAUCCAGGAUGAGGGCUUUCUCGUCUUAUUGCUAUCCGCCAAAGAUUCCAUAA